AAAUACCUGCGAUCUACUUCUGUAUGCGCACAUAACGCACGUAGCACGCAGUAGAGAUGGUAUUAUCUAUAUAAUAAAUAAAAACAUCUAUUGAGGAAAGCGUUCACAGCUGCUAUACCUGUAUAACUGUGUAUUGGAUUCUGGAAGUUUACUUUUGAACAACGAGAAUAAAACACAAAGGAAACUUGCCAUGGGGAUGUUUGACUUUACCAUCGAAAAUUCCACGCUCCCCUCCAUCCUACCAUGGAAGUUCGGCCAGGACUACUGGUGCUCGUUUGAACUAUACCCUGAAAGGACGGGAAAAACAUUCUAUAUAUUCAGAGGAAUGGCCUACCACAACAAAGAUUAUUGGUCCGGUACUAUGGUGGCUGUGAAGACGUUCCGACAUCUGGAAGGUACGGUCAGUGAUUGGAUGUCGUACAAAGAACGCUGUGACGUAACAAGAAAACUGGUGGCUGACUUUAACAAACAUUUAGCAAGCGUUACAUGUGACACCAAGCUUACUUUCAUCAAACCCAUAGAUGCCGUAAUGGACAGCAUUUCUGACGUCAUGAAAAUCACACGUUUUUUCAUGCGCUACGACAAAAAAUUCGAAAACAAUGAAGUCGUCCUUUUCGAAGAGUUCUUAGAGGGUGAUUUCAAAAUAUUUGUUGAUGCCCAUGGCUCAGCGACAGAAAAUGGUUCAGAAGUACUAGACGCAUUUUGUCAUUUCACAUAUCACGUUUCCAAAGAAAAUUUAGUGGUAUGCAACCUAAAAGGCAUUGAAGAGGAGGGAGAGUACAAACUAACCAAUCCCACAGUUCAUUCACGUGAGGGUUGCUAUGGUGAUAAGGACAAGCGUGAUGUAGGGAUCAGUGACUUUUUCUGUAACCACAUCUGCAAUUCACUGUGUGAAAACUUCAUAAAACCAGACACUUUGCACGUGCAAGAAUGUUACGAGGAACCAUGUGCUCCAAAUCACUGUUGCACCAGCGAUGACACCAUAAGCAAAGAAAGAGAAACAGAAGAAGGAAUGUCAUUUAUGGAACAAAAGAACAAUGAACGGGGACAGAUUUUACUACCGGAAUAUACGUCUUCAGAUCCUCUUGGUCCGCCGUCAUAUGACACGUGCAUAAAUGGCAAAUGACGUAUUUACCCGUUGAUAUAUAUAGUUACAAAUGAAAUCUCUAUACUGUAAAGAAUAACCCCUCAAGUGUUUCAAAUGAGAUCUAUAAUGUUACAAAUAAGAUCUCUCUUGUUACAAAUGAGCUAUGUAGUGUUACAAAUGAACUAUAUAGUGAUACAAAUUAGACCUAUAGGGUUACAAAUGAGAUGCUUGCGGUCGUUUACUAAAGUUUGAAAAGUGUAGUUUCUGAUCUCUCUGUAGUGUUACUGGACAUUCAAUCCAAGGUCACUUUACGAACGUGCUAUGCAUAAAGAGCAAGUUUCACGUGCUCACACGCAAGGGAAUAUAAAAAAAAUGUAUGCUAUUUUUUUCCAGCGAUGUUCAAAGUGCAUAGUGAGCUCUAUAAAAGGGUAUAUUUUUGUGUUCUCAAUUAGGCUAUAGGUGUUCCUAACAUUUUUCACAAUAAUGGCUCUCAAUAUCAUUUUUACAAGAUAUUCAUUGUAUAUAUUUGUAAUAGAAUGAUUGACAUAUCUAUA